AUGGCGUUUCGAAGUACGUUGCAAUGUUUCGAGUGCUUUCGAGCAUCCAAGCUGAUGCCGUACAAACCCUCGUUCUUGUUUCGUCUGGUUAGUGAUAUCGAUGAGUAUGAGCGGUUUGUACCGUUCUGUCAGAAAUCUAAAAUUACGAGCAGAGAUCUUACAACAGGAUUGCCAAAUAAAGCAGAUUUAACUAUAGGAUUUGGUAGUUUUUGCGAAACGUUUGAUAGUCGAGUGGUUUGUGAUCCAGUUGAGAGAACUGUCCUGGCAGAUGCUUCUCAUCACCGCUUGUUUCAAUAUUUGAAAACCAACUGGAAAAUAGCGGAGGCUUCUAAAGGAAGAGUACGAGUAGAUUUGGAGGUGGAAUUUGAAUUUGCGAGCAAACUACAUAGCGUUGUAAGCAAAAUGGCAGGUUCCACAGUAGCUACGGAGAUUAUUCAGGGAUUCGUGGAUCAAGCCAAACGGAAAUAUCAAAUGGAACUCUCAAAGGAAUCAACUAAAGACGAUUCUUCGAAUGUCCCAUGA